CCCGGCGCCGCCCCGGCAGCAGCCGCAGCCCCGGCAGCCCUCAGCGCCGCGCAACAUGGCCGAGCGCCGCGUGCCCUUCACCUUCCUGCGCAGCCCCAGCUGGGACCCCUUCCGGGACUGGUACCACGGCAGCCGCCUCUUCGACCAGUCCUUCGGGAUGCCCCACAUCCCCGAGGACUGGUACAAGUGGCCGAGCGGCAGCGCCUGGCCGGGCUACUACCGGCUGCUGCCCGGGGAGAGCCCGCUGGUGCCGGCGCUGGGCUCGGCCUACGGCCGGGCGCUCACCCGCCAGCUCAGCAGCGGCGUCUCCGAGAUCCGCCAGACCGCCGACAGCUGGAAGGUCACCCUGGACGUCAACCACUUCGCGCCCGAAGAGCUGGUGGUCAAGACCAAGGAUAACGUCGUGGAGAUAACCGGGAAACACGAGGAGAAGCAGGAUGAACAUGGCUUCAUCUCCAGAUGCUUCACCCGAAAAUACACCCUCCCGCCCGGCGUCGAAGCCACGGCCGUGCGCUCCUCGCUCUCGCCGGACGGCAUGCUCACCGUGGAAGCGCCCCUGCCCAAGCCGGCCAUCCAGUCCGCCGAAAUCACCAUCCCCGUCACCAUCGAGAGCCAAGGCAAGAAAGCAGAGGAACCGGCCAAGAAGUAGCUGGCCCCGAGGAGCAGGGAGAGAAAGUGCUGCCUGCUGCCGCUGCCCUGCACACAGUAGCUGCUCACGCCGCCCCCCGCUUUGAUCCUCCUUUUUAUUCUUUAUUUUGUACUCACCCCGUCACUGAGUGUCUCAAAUAAAUGGGAAGAAAAAAGUAGAA